AUGUAUAUACGUCUCUCUCUGUCUCUGUUUCUCUCUCUCUCUCUAUCUGUCUGUCUGUCUCUGUCUCUCUGUCUCUCUAAAUGCACAGUUAUUUUCUCUUCGCGUCUCUCUUUCUCUCUCUCUUUCAUAUCUAUCUAUCUAUCUAUCUAUCUAUCUAUCUAUCUAUCUAUCUAUCUAUCUAUCUAUCUAUCUCUUGUUAUUAUCUUUCUAUGUUUCUAUCUAGCUCACACUGUGUGCAUGUCUGUCACAUUGCUUUCAUCUCUCUCUCUCUCUCUCUCUCUCUCUCUCUCUCUAUCUAUCUAUCUAUCUAUCUAUCUCACUCACACUGUGUCCAUGUCUGCAACGUUCCUUUCAUAUCUAUCUAUCUAUCUAUCUAUCUAUCUAUCUAUCUAUCUAUCUAUCUAUCUAUCUCUUUGUUAUUAUCUUUCUAUAUUUCUAUCUAGAUCACACUGUGUGCAUGUCUGUCACAUUGCUUUCAUAUCUAUCUAUCUAUCUAUCUAUCUCACUCACACUGCGUCCAUGCCUGCAACAUUCCUUUCAUAUCUAUCUAUCUAUCUAUCUAUCUAUCUAUCUAUCUAUCUAUCUAUCUAUCUAUCUAUCUAUCUAUCACAGCUUGCUCAUUAUAUUUCUAUUUUUCUUUCUAUGUCACAUUGUCUACAUCUCUGUUUCAUUCUUUUCGUUUCUAUCUAUCUAUCUAUCUAUCUAUCUAUCUAUCUAUCUAUCUAUCGCACACUAUGUAUAUGCCUGUCUCAUCAUUUUCGUAUCUAUCAAACUAUCUGUCAUUCACACAUAAUUUGGAGAUAG